GGCGGCAAGGCUGAGAGCGAAGCGGGGCUCGUCCGCGGAGGUGGCCAUGGCAGCCUCAGUGGGGCCGGGAACCCGCACCAAGACGAAGAAGAAGCACUUCGUGCCGCAGCGGGUGAAGGUCUUGCGGUCGGCCGACCCGCUGCUGGCCGUCCUGGGCUGGGGCAUCAACCAUCAGGUCAAUGAGCUGAGCCAAGUCCCCCAGCCGGUGAUGCUGCUCCCCGAUGACUUCAAAGCCAGUUCCAAAGUGAAGGUGAACAAUCAUCUCUUCAACAGGGAAAACUUGCCCAGCCAUUUCAAGUUCAAGGAAUACUGCCCGCAGGUCUUCCGCAAUCUCCGGGAACGCUUCAACAUCGAUGACCAGGAUUAUCAGGUUUCAUUGACACGCAGCCCCCCUACCUACGAGACGGAGGGAGGCGGGGGGCGCUUCCUCAUGUCUUACGAUAAAACGUUGGUGAUAAAGUUGAUCUCCAGUGAAGACGUGGCUGACAUGCACAGUCUCCUCUCACAUUACCACCAGUAUAUCGUGAAAUGUCACGGGAGCACCCUCUUGCCCCAGUUCCUGGGGAUGUACCGGGUCAGUGUGGACAAUGAAGAGAGCUACAUGCUGGUCAUGAGGAGCAUGUUCAGCCACAGGCUGACUGUCCACCGGAAGUACGAUCUGAAGGGGUCUUUGGUAUCCCGUGAAGCGAGUGAUAAAGAGAAGGGCAAGGAUCUACCCACGCUAAAAGACAUUGAUUUUCUAAACAUGAACCAGAAGGUGUACGUCAGUGAAGAAGCCAAAAAGGACUUCAUGGAGAAGCUAAAGCGAGAUGUGGAGUUCCUCGUGCAGCUGAAGAUCAUGGACUACAGCCUGCUCUUGGGGAUCCACGACGUGGCACGAGCUGAGCAAGAGGAAGACGAGGAAGUGAAAGAGGAAGACGAGGACGGCGAGGGAGAGCCUGGGGGCGUGGCCUCGGUGGGAUCCUACGGGACAUCUCCAGAGGGCAUCGGCAGCUAUCUCAACUCCCACAAGCCUCUGGGGCCUGGCGACUUUGACCCUUAUGUUGACGUUUACGCCAUCAAGAGUGCCGAAAACAGCCCACAGAAGGAAGUUUAUUUCAUGGGACUGAUCGACAUCCUCACCCAGUACGACGCCAAGAAGAAGGCUGCCCACGCAGCCAAGACAGUCAAGCACGGGGCUGGUGCAGAGAUCUCCACGGUGCACCCAGACCAAUACGCCAAGCGCUUUCUGGACUUUGUCACCAACGUGUUUGCUUAACGGGCUGUGCAGUGGCUGCCACCAAGGAUCAAAGGCUUUCCUGCCCCCUCCCCGUAGUUCUCCCCUGCCACUCUGCCCCCCAAGUUCUCAGUAAGAGGGAUGGUUUCCCCCCCUGCUGUUUGGGUGAGCAGGAGAGUCCUCAGAUGAGAGCCCCAUUGUGGCUGGCCCAGGGGGACAGCUGCCAAAUCAAGUGCCUUAAACGUUGAUCUUUUCUUGGGAACGGUCAGCUAUUCGGAGCUACUUGAUAGCUCUCUGGAGGCAGCUUUCUUCUGUUUCCUGGUGGGAGAAACGAGGCCAGGCGUUCUCUGUCCCCUAGAAUGGACUUGUGACAACAAUAGUCAAUGACUCUGGUUAGAGCGGGAUCUUAAAAACUCACACACAGGGUUAGCUGGUAUCUUUAUUCCAGGACAGAAUAAUAUGCAAUAAGAAUUCUAAGUCGUGUGCCUUCGGAAGAAGGGGGAUGAGUGCAAUCUUCUCCGUCUGCACAAUCGGUUUCCAGCAGGGUGCCUGACGGUAUAUUCUUUUUACCCUGGGGAUAGCCAGCAGCGCUACCUACUGAUGUCAAUGCCUCUGUGCAAAUUCUUUACCUCUUCUCUUCACUCCUGUGGUGAGGGUCUUUACAGUGCCCCCCCCCCUUAUAGAAGGUUUAGGUCGUUGCAGAGUACCCUUGUUGAUAAUAAACCUUCCCUUCUAUCAACCAUCUGAAGGGCUUGACAAUGUACUUCAGUCCCCAUUGGGUUCUCCCCCCCUCUUACACUGUGGCUUUUUAAAAACCUCUCCCACAUUCUGCUCCUUGGGUGGGUCCAAUAUCUGCGAAAGCUUUUAUUUGGACAUCCUGUGCUAUAAUAUCCCCUCCAUAUCUAUCAGGUGGAGGUUGUGCACCUAUUCAGGGCUGCUACAACAGGCGGGUGGGAUUUGGUUCCUGGGCGGUUCUUAAACUCUGACCUAGUGAGAGGGCCUUGCCGGUCUCUCUCUCUCGGCAGGGAGGGAGAGAGGAUUAUUCUGCUCUCUGUAACUUGGAUGGGUGGGAUAGCUCUGCUCCAUAGCCAGGAGUCUGUGUCUCUCCCUGGCCCCACCCAAAGAUCGCCAUCCUAUUCCAAAGUUUUUGGCAGAGGCUGGAAGUACAAGCCCUGCCCUAGGUUAUAAUUUAAGGUUUCUUUUGCAGGGGAAUAGAAAGGCCCCUGCGAGGGACAUGAUGCCCAUCUUUCAGGCACGCCCUGUGGCCAUGCUGCUGUGAGUGAAAGGCAAGACAGAGCUAGCAUUCCCCGUCUCUCUCAGCACAUAAGAAGCCGCUAAGGAGUGGGAGAUCAGUGGCUUGCAGAGGGGCUCUCUGGGCCCUUUCGUUAUAGGCCGAGCCACAUGAGGAGGACGUCGCACAGUAGCCACAGUGCUCAGCAGAGCAAGCCUCCUCAAAGGCCCCACACGCCGAGGCACCUUCAGGGCACACGGGAGGAAAAAUGAACACAUUCCAGUCACUCCUGCCUACCUGGUACAUUGGUCUGGUGUGCCACGGGGCAGCGGUUAUCCUUGUAAGGGGGGGGGAGCGCUCUGGCAGCACUCCUAGGUGGUUUCCCCCCCCUCCCCCCAUUGCUGCUUGAUGGUGCUGCUCUGGUCCUGGCACCAAAGGGUCGCAUCAGUACCGUUCACGGUCCACACUCCUCUGUCCCCCUUGUGGUUCUUCUGGGACAGAUGCCAUUCCUCUCGAUGCAAUAAAGCCUGUGCCAUGGAAACAUGCUUCUGCCUCUGGGGGCUACCCGACAUUUGGCCCUUCUCUCUCUCUCUCUCUCU